AUGGCUCCAAGCUGUUCAUGCAGUGUGGUCCUUGUGCUGGCGUUGCGGCUAUGUGUGGUUCCGGCACGUGUGGCAACUCUCGAUGAUGAGCUUCGCUUUCAUUUUGAUUGCGCUACUCGAUGCGCCGCGAUGACGCCCUCGGACAGAGAAGCCAUCAAGGCCAUGUACAGGGCAGCGGGAUGCGACGUGGGUGGCCCUGGAGCACAUCCGGUAUGUGCUUCCUCCAUGGAACAGUUGUGUGUUGGCAGCUGUGGCGGGGGACAACAAGACAUGGCUACUUUUCUACCUGGUGCAUUUGGCCCUGGAGCUGCACCGGUGGGGUCGGAGCCCUUCUCGCUGGCACUGCAGGUUCACCGCGACUGUGCAGAGCGCUGCGCUUCCGAAGGCGUCGCAGUUUCAGCGGAUUCCGGUGCCGAGAAGGCGGUCGACACGCUUCGAAGAUGCGGCGUCGUGCAGCUCCUGGGUGCUUAUGAUUUGACGGCGUUGGAUCGCUUUCAGAAGGCUUUUGAUCAGCUGAAGUCCAAAGAGAAGGCAUACAAGAAGUUGCUUGACACCAAGCAGCUUCAUGAUGGCCGAUAUCAGGUUUAUCUUCCGUUUGCGAAGCCAUUUUCUUCACGCGAGACUCUAGGAGUCAGUGAUUUGGUGCUGGAGGUACUGCAUGCCUACUUUAUGACAAGUGGGGGCAGCUUUGGCAUAGAUCACGUUUCGGUGUUGACAUCUGCCAGUGGAAGUGCUAACCAAAGUUUGCAUCCCGACGUGCACUAUUUCAAGGGCUUGUCAGUCUCGGUGCACACGGCUUUGCACGACAUACCUUCAUCUUUGGGGCCGACGUACUUCUGUCCUUGCACUGGGGAAUCCCUGACUCGGGAGGACUGGCCAGCCAGUGCUGCCAUCAAAAUGCGCCAAGGCUGCACCUGUGACCCGGGCUAA